UAUGAAACACCCCAAACUGGAAGUAUAUAUAACAUAGUUCUACUGAUUAUUUGGCGCAUAUUUUUCCAGAUCAGUGAUCAAUCCAAAUGCAAUUAUGUACUUUGGCACCGAGCUCUGUAUUUGGGGAAAUUUAUUUUGAUAAUCAGCAAGCUAUACGCCCAAGGAUAGCAGCACAGGCCUUCCAAUCUGUCCAAUCUACAGACAAUUCGGCUAUUACUUGGCAAGGAUCAGAUUCGAUGUCGUAUUGCUCCUUGAAACUUUGCACCAUGGGAGCCUGUAAUGGAAGAAUUCCCUUAUCGAUCCUUAUAAAUUUGAUUUGCAUCUGUGAAGUAAUCGUGAACUCAACAGUAUUCUCUCCAUACGUCAUUGAGUGUCCCAUUGUACCUUUACCCGAAGGAAAUACCACCUGCCAAUGUGAACCUCCGAACAUUGCAGUCACAUCUCCCGAUGUACUUGCAGAAUUUCAACUCAUUACUUGCCAACUGACACAAGAUUUGAUAAAGGAAACGAAUCCAGAUUCAUUCUUUUUUCCUCGAUCCAGGAAGGUGCACAUUGACUGCACAUGGAACAACUCUCUCAGUUAUCACAACUUCUUGAAGAGUGUGGCAAAGGAAAGUGGUGAUAUCGUGGAUGAAGUUGAUACAAUUGGCUAUUACAAUUGCUUUACGCCAUUUACCAUCACUGCCGUCACGUAUAUGGAGCUACCUCAUCUGCAGAAAUUGAGCUUCCAUGACGAGAGUCUAGAGAUCAGUUCUAAUGCUUUUUUGCCACUUGAGAGGCUUGAGUUCCUAUCACUGACCCACCUUCAUUUAAAUUAUCUGCACUCCGAAGUCUUCAGAGGUCUGACACACCUUCGAGUACUCUCCCUCUGGGACAAUGACCUCAGAGAACUCCCCGAUGGAAUCUUUCUUGAUCUUCAGGAUUUGCAGACCUUGUCAAUAGUGAACAAUAGCCUUGUGUACAUUUCCCGUGAUCUGUUAAAGCCACUUGAAUUCUUAAACAUGUUGUACCUGAAUGGCAAUAAUAUAUCUUUUAUACAUAAAGAUGCAUUCAGGCCUCUCAGGUCUCUGGAAGAAGUGGAUCUGUCGUACAAUAAUCUCGAUGAGACGUUCCUGCUAAGCUUCAUCGGGACUCGGAAGCUUUCACUUUCACACAAUUCAUUAACUACAUUUACAAAGGAUACUUUGGCAGGUGUCCGGGAAUACACUGGCUCAUUAGACUUGUCAUAUAACUUGAUAACGUCCAUUGCCGAAAAAGUGUUUCAGACAGAUUUUUUUCUUUCUCCGCUUUUGUCAGUGCACCUUAAUAACAACCGCCUCGAAUCUCUGCCAAAGAAUAUCUUACGAUGGGGAAGGAGGUUAACAGUAGUCGACUUCAGUUACAACUCUUUACAGACUCUCCCCAGUGGAUUAUUUGAUAUUCGGUCGAACCCUCUUGGCGAGCAGAGGCUUGCUGGAAAUCAGUUGGUGAUUAAGCUAAGUGGUAACCCUUUCACCUGCGACUGUCGUCUAUCUUGGUUUCGUCUAUACGAUGGUCAGGAUGUGUGGAUAAGUGAUCGUGAUGACAUCGAAUGCUUUUCUCCACCAAACCUGCAAGGUUUAUCUUUAUUUUCAAUAAACCCAAAUAGGUUUGAGUGCCCUUUGCCAGAGUCGGUGUGUCCAAAACUUUGUAAAUGCUACGAAACUGUGAGUAUUCAAGGAAUCGAUCGUACAACUCACAAGAUGAUUUUUGUCGAAUGCAAAUAUGCAAAUUUAUCUCGUAUUCCCCUUGGUAUGCCAAUAGAUACCACAUCACUAGACUUUACAGGGAAUACAUUGAAAACUCUUCGUGAAACAAUGCUGAAUACUCUUUUUCCAAACUUAGAAGGCUUGACGUUUACAACGUGUAACAUUGAGAAAAUAGAAGGUGGGGCAUUUAGGUCAUUGAACUCAGUAUUGUCAUUAAAACUUGAUGGAAAUAAUUUCAAUGUCACAAAAGGGAUAUUCCGAGGAUUGACACAGCUUAAUACAUUAUAUUUAAACCAUAGUUCCAUCAGAACAAUCGCUGAAGGUGUCUUUCUGGAUACGCCAAGUUUAACCCAGGUUUACCUUCACAGGAAUCUUCUAACCGUUCUUCCUGCCUUCCAUUCUCUCCCCAAAAGCCUCGAAAUAAUGAGCCUCCAGCAUAACCCACUUGUUUGUAGUUGUAACCUGAUUUCAUAUCAGGGGUUGACCAGGUACACUCCGGGGGUUGACGGUAACGCUACAUGUAAGCAGAAGGGUAACGCAUUCGUGACAUUAGGACAGGUCAACUCAGCUUACUGCCGGAAGGACGGAAUAAAUCCAAUCCACACCGUUCUCAUAUCACUCGGAGCAAUAACCGGUGUCAUCGCAGUGGUGUUCACGUGUUUUGUAAUCUACAAAAAGAACGAAACACUGAUCAAGCUAAUGUUACUAGAAUACUUUCCUGAAGACAUAUCGGAAGAAGACGCAAAUAAACCCUUUGAUGUAUUCAUAUCGUACAGCCAACUUGACGAUGAAUUUGUGCUUCGUUACCUGGUGCCUCUAUUGGAGAACGAAGAAGAGGCUUCCUAUUCGAUCUGCCUCCACCAUCGUCAUUUCAUCCCAGGAGACACAAUCGCAAACAAUAUUGUCAGCGCCGUGGCGCAAAGUCGUCGUGUCAUCUUGGUAUUGUCAAAAAACUUCCUGGAGAGUGACUGGUGCAUGUAUGAGUUCCGCAUGGCCCAUCUUCAAGCGUUGCAUGAUCGUCGUAACACGUUGCUCAUCAUCACUCUUGGAGAUAUCUGCGAAGGCAGCCUCGAUCCGGACCUGAAGGCACACUUGAGAACUACAACCUAUCUCGAGUCAUCUGAUUCAAAAUUCAAAUACAAACUCUUCUUAGCUCUUAAACGGAGGCGCUCAAAACGGUUAACAUCAAACAAUCAAAUGGGACUAAUUGAUCUAGAAGGUAAAUGAUUCCCUUUGUCUCGCAGUGCUCAUCAUGUUUGUGAGUAGAGAGCAAUAUUAAGGAGGAUACAUGAACGUCUUUGUACUUUACAUUCUAUUCUUGUUGAUGCUUAUCUGAAAUAUCGUUAGGCCUACUUGACGUUUAAUCGGUUGUCGUUUAAGGUUCUUUUAAUCUUCAUAUAACUCUUCGGUAUUACGAACGUGCAUUAAUUGCAUCUUGAGAAGAGGCACGAUAAUAAUAAUAUAAAAAAAAGAAAGUCGGAAUAGAAAAAAAUAAUACUUGAAUCCCUGAUAAAUUAUGAAAGGUAAAGUUACGAUCAAAUAUCAGUUCUUGAUAUAUUUCAAUGCAUUGCUAAUAUAAAUGUAUAUAUAUAUAUAUAUACAUGUAUAUAUAUAUAAAUCAUGUAUGUAAUUUGAAAUGAUGAAGUUAUCUCAAGAAGCAGCAUUCGGAUAUACAUAAUAUAAAUCUAAAUCAUUUAGAUAGUUAUGCAUUUUUUCUCUGCAGCAAUAGAUUCACCUGAACUGCUACAAUAAACACUUUUGAAUUUUUCAAACUUUUGGCAACGCAUUGAAAUAUAUUAAGAAGUGAUAUUUGAUCUGAAUAUAAUCUUGAACUUGUAUUUUGACAGCUUAAUUGAUCAAGUAUUCAAUUCUUUUCAACGUUAUGUUCCAUUUUUUAGGCAGUUAAGUCGUUUCCAAACCACCAAAAUUCACUAUACCUCCAUGCCACAAUCAAGUUAUCAACCAAUUUCAGGAGUUUUCAUCAGUUUAUUGACCUCUAAAUAAAUUUCAAUGAUCUUCAUUCGUCCUUAUUUCAUAGUAAAAUUAUUGAACCCCAAGGUUUUCAUUAUGAAUUUGCCGUCGAAGGUGAUUUUAUAUAUUAUUCACCAAUUAAAUGUGAACAUAAAGGGUAGAAAUCUGGUCAUUUCUUUUUGCCUUGAAGGGUGAAUGUGCAUUCUACGUGCUAAUAAUCUAUGCAAUUUUGCACCAAAAUCGCCAACCUGCUGCGUUUUAAAUUGGAGAUACCAUUACAGGGGCGGAUCCGGCCUUCGCCAAUUAAGGGGGGGGGCGGCGGAAAUUUUUUUCGGCCACAUUUUCCCGAUCGGCCGCUCGAAAUUGAUUUUUGUUUGUUUCUUUGAAGGGGUAGUCCUCAUAGUCACUUUUAAGCUUUAUUCUUAUAAAUCAACAUAUAUAUAAUAAUCUCGUAAGCCUUAUUUAAAUAGUGCGAGCGCAAAGCGCGAGCUAUUUUUUUUAUUUCAAGUAUUUUGUCCUAUAAUAUAAGUAUUCUGGGCAAUAUUUGUGAUCCUAAACCAUGUGUAUCCUAAAUAAUUACUGCGAGCGCGAAGCGCGAGCAGAAAUUCUUUAUACACGUUUUGAUCUGACCCAAAACGGUUUGUUAACGACUUUGCAGUUAGCCAUGGAAACCUUACAGAUUUCAACAAUCAAACAAUGCGAGCGCGAAACGCGAGCUUAAAAUUUUGACAUUUUUACCUAAAGAAUGGAAAUCCUAAGUACUUUUUGUAAUCGUGAUAAGGAUAAGUAUAUAACUAAACAAUUGAUGCGAGCGUGAAGCUCGAGCGUAAAAAUACGAUGUUUAUACCUAAAAAUGGGACACUCUAUUCAUGUUUUGGAAAUCAUGAAAAUGUUGAGUAAUUGGAAAUCUUUCUACAUUAAUAAUGCGAGCGCAAAACGCGAAUAUAUUUUUUUUGAUUUAUAGGAUAAUGAUUUAAACAGAAAACAAGCUGCCUAUCUAAAAAAAACAUGCGCGAUCUAGAAUCUGGGCUUUCUAAAUAACUUUUUUAUUAUGAAAGUCAAUAAAGCGAGCGCGAAGCGCGAGCUUAAAAUAUUUGAUAUUCCGAUCUGAAAAGGGUCUCAAGCACUUUGAAGGAAAAUUGUGAGGUGGAUAUGGAUCAGUUAAAAAAGCUGAUAUGUUUCAAUAUUAUUCCUUUGAGUUUUGAAAUAGGACUGGGACAUUCUAAGAACAUUAUGUCAUAUGAAAAUGAUGACUUCCUAUUAUCCUUCCUAAGCGCGAGAUGAAACUUGUCGAUAUUCCAUUCUGAAAAAAGGACAGUUUGAUUAUUAAAUUAAUAUCUUAUUUAUUAAUCUAAUAAGCCUAAUGAGAGCGUGAAAUCUGUUAAUACAAUGGCUUGAAAACUGGACAUUUAAAGCACUUUUAAUUAUGAAUAAGAUGCAUGAGUUAAUAUAUUUUCAACAAUCAAUACGAGCGGAAAUCGCAAGCCGAAAUUUUUGAUAAACUGUCAUGAAAUUGAUAUUUUAAGUAGUUUGUUAUAGAAUUAAUAUUGAGAUAUACAUAACUCACCAAUCAAAAUGCAAGCGUGCAGCGCUAGCUGAUGCGUUUUGACAAUGUGACCUGAAUAGGGAUAUUUUGAGAACUUUAUGGAAAACAGGAAAAUAAUAGGUGCUUGACACAUUAAAUUUUGCGAUCACGCAGCGCGAGCAGAAAAUUUUAAUAUUUAGACCAUAAAACAGGAAUUUUUACAGAGCACUUUUUAAAAAUCAAUUUGUAAAUCAAACAAAAUGAUGAAAGUUCGAUUUCCAAGCUGUAAUAUGCUUUGUAUAUUGACUUCAAAAUUUGUUAAUUUAAGCUCCAUAUUGAGCAAGAUAUGUAAAUCACCUUAAAGGCAAUGCGAGCGCGAAGCGCCAGUGAAAAUUUUAUGUAGUGAGUUGAAAUAUUUUAAAAAUGAUUUUCCAAGUCUUCCCCUCAUCUUAUUUUAUUCACUCGUCUUCCUCCUCUUAUGUUUCCCCUUCUUUUUUCUCCUCUCUUUUCCCCUUCUUUUUUUUCUUUCUUUCCCCCUUUUUUUUCAUUUUUUUCUGGAUCCGCCUAUGCCAUUAUACAGUAUAUAAAAAUGUAACUUACUUUUGACCUUGAAUUUUAUAAGUGACUGUGCGUUCUGGGUGCUUUAUUUUAUUCUAUUUUAUUUUCCUGUAAGAAUCUUUGCAUUUGAUACCAAGAUCACAAACCUGCGAUAGUUGGUCUCGAAGAUACCCUAAUAUAGUAUACAAAAAGGUCAUUUACUAUUGACCUUGAAUUUUAUGGGUGAAUGUGCAUUGUAAGUGCUUAAUCUUUGCACUUUGACACCAAGAUCAACAACCUGCAAUACCUUUUGUCGGAGUUACCAGAAUUAUAAAUUAUAUAAAAAGGUCAUUGACCUCUGACCUUGAAAAAAAAAUUAUGUUCCCAGCCCAUAUUCCUCCCGAUUACACUUCGUAAUUCCGAAGAUUCGUAAUUCCUAAGGUUCGUUAUUUCGAAGGUUGGUAAUUCCGAAACACGUAAAUUGCCUAUACCUCGAUGUUCCUUAAUCCAAAAACGAAAAAGGGUUCGUUAAUCCGAACAUAUGUGGCGUUAUUCCGAAGGUUUGUUAUUCCGAAAGUUCAUCAGUCCGAGAACGAAAUAAGGUUCGUUAUUCCGCAGGUUUGUUAGUCCGAAAACGAAAUAAGGUUCGUUAAUCCGAAAACGAAGUAAGGUUCGUUGUUCCGAAGGUUCGUUAAUCCGAAAACGAAAUAAGGUUCGUUGUUCCAAGGUUUAUUAAUCCGAAAACAAAAUAAGGUUCUUUAUUCCGAAGGUUCGUUAAUCCGAAAAAUGAAAUAAUCGGUGACGAAGCCGGGAAAACCGGAAGGGUGAGCGUGGUGGGGGGGGGGGGAGAAACACCGUUGCUGUUAAUUUGUUAUGAAGAUGGGAAUGCAAAAAGAAGGGCGGCGGAGCAAAGCCUUUUAGAAGUGAUUUUUUAUUCUGGUAAAAAUUUUCGCGAGAGAGUGUAACGAGCGAGCGGUUUUGAAAAAUUUGCAAAGCUGAUGUUGUAAAACUCGUUUUGGGGGUUAAUUAUUGUUAUAAGGGCAUCCUUGGGCGGUGUUGCGAGCGUGAAUCGCAAGCUCAAACCUUUGGACAUUUGAAUAAGAAAUGAAAAUGAAACAUUGUGAGCAGUUUUUUGUUCAAUCAUUAAAAAGAUGUGCAUCUAACUGAAGAAUUAUCACGAGCGCAAAGUGCGAGCUGAAAUAAAAGGACUGCGUUUAGUGACUCAUGAAUAGGAUACAUCAUGUAAUGCGAGUGCGAAGCGAGCUAAAAAAAAUAUUACAGCCUGAAAAAAAUGAACAUUCUAAGCCUUUUUACAACCAGAAACGGUCAGUACCUUACCAAAAGAAAAUCUUUCGCAUAUGUCGGACCCAAAUUAUUUAAUGCACUUCCUUCAAAUUUACAAGUUUGUACCUCCUUGUUAGUUUUUAAAAAAUUAUGCAAAGCCUUUCAUACGAAUUGAUAAAGAGCGAAAUGAUAUUCCAUUGAUUUACAAUGCUAUGUAUGUUUAAAUUGUCACUUCCCACUCUAUAUUUUGGUGUUAAUUGUUUCUGAUGUUGGAUAUUUUGUAUUUUGUAUUUUUGAUGUUGUUUGUUGUUGUUGUUGUUCAUAGUUAUCUUGACAUGUAUUUUAAACUGCAGGGCGCCUUU